AUGUCUAUAAAAGGGGUGGAUAUACACAAACUCCCCCCAUUGCAAAAUGCAUGAGUAUCUAUAUAAAGGACUAAAAAGAAACCCAAACUAGUUCUUAUAAAUAUAUAUAUAUACAUAUAGAACCUUAGUUUGUUGUUCAUCAAUGGCGGUUGAAGAAGGAAUAGAUGAUUAUACACAAGAUGGAACUGUGGAUCUUAAAGGAAACCCAGUUCGUAGAUCCAAGAGAGGUGGAUGGACUGCUUGCUCCUUUGUUGUUGUGUAUGAAGUGUUUGAACGAAUGGCGUAUUAUGGAAUAUCGUCGAAUCUGGUGCUAUAUUUGACUAAGAAACUGCAUCAAGGCACAGUGAAAUCAGCGAACAAUGUGACCAAUUGGGUGGGCACCAUUUGGAUCACCCCAAUCUUGGGUGCCUAUGUUGCCGACGCUCAUCUUGGACGCUAUUGGACCUUUGUCUUUGCCUCUCUCAUUUACGUCACUGGAAUGUCAUUGCUGACAUUAUCAGUAUCAAUCCCUGGACUAAAACCACCACCUUGUCACCAAGCCAACAUAGACGAUUGCAAGAAGGCAUCAACAUUACAGUUAGCCACGUUUUUCGGUGCAUUAUAUACGUUAGCCAUCGGAACUGGUGGCACGAAGCCGAACAUUUCGACGAUUGGCGCCGACCAGUUUGAUGAUUUCCAUCCGAAAGAGAAGGCUAGCAAGCUAUCAUUCUUCAAUUGGUGGAUGUUCAGCAUCUUCUUUGGGACACUCUUUGCCAACACGGUCCUCGUAUACAUUCAAGACAAUGUCGGUUGGACCUUAGGGUACGGUUUACCCACGCUCGGGCUCGUGAUUUCUGUUAUGAUUUUCUUAGCUGGCACCCCGUUUUAUCGGCACCGGGUGCCCGCCGGGAGUCCGUUCACGAAGAUGGCUAUGGUCAUAGUGGCCGCCGCUAGGAAAUGGAGGGUGCCACUUCCUAUUGACCCUAAAGAACUACAUGAACUUGACUUGGAAGAGUAUGCUAGGAAUGGGAAGUUCAUGAUUGGUUCGACACCAACUUUGAGGUUUUUGAAUAAAGCUGCUGUGAAAACUGGGUCAACAGAUCCAUGGAUGCUAAGCGCAGUAACCCAAGUAGAGGAAACUAAACAAAUGUUAAGAAUGAUCCCAAUCUUGAUUGCCACAUUUGUGCCAAGUACCAUGAUUGCACAAAUCAAUACAUUAUUUAUAAAACAAGGCACCACCCUUGAUAGACAUAUAGGGAACUUUAAGAUUCCCCCGGCGAGUUUAGCCGGAUUCGUGACGAUUUCGAUGCUUGCUUGUGUCGUCCUCUAUGACCGCUUUUUCGUUCCGGUCAUCCGGAAAUGGACUAAUAAUCCGAGGGGCAUCACUCUACUUCAAAGGAUGGGGAUUGGCCUUGUUCUUCACUUCAUAAUCAUGGCGGUUGCUUCUUUAACCGAGAGGUAUAGGCUUAAUGUGGCUAAGCAACAUGGUUUAGUUGAAAAUGGAGGCCAACUUCCAUUAACCAUAUUCAUUCUACUUCCCCAAUUUGUGCUCAUGGGAACAGCUGAUGCAUUUCUAGAGGUGGCUAAGCUCGAGUUCUUCUACGAUCAAGCACCAGAAAGCAUGAAGAGCCUCGGUACUUCUUAUUCAUCAACAAGUCUAGGGAUCGGGAAUUUUCUCAGCAGUUUCCUUCUGUCAACAGUUUCUGAUAUCACUCAAGGGGACGGUCACCAAGGAUGGAUCCUGAACAACCUAAACAAGUCUCAUCUUGAUUACUACUAUGCAUUUUUCGCAGUACUCAACUUCUUGAACUUCAUUUUCUUCAUGGCAAUGAUCAGGUUCUAUGUCUACAAGGCCGAAGUUUCGGAAUCGAUGCACGUGCUUACGGAAGAACUGAAGGUGAUGAGAUUAAAAGCAUCAAAUCAAGAAGCAGCUAAAGGAAUAGCUUGAUGGAACAACGUUGAACAAUAUCACUUAUACUCUCCAUUGAAAUUCUAUGUGUUGAAGAACAAUUAAAAGGUUGCCUAAUGUUACAAAAGAAUUGAAAAUGAAGCAAAAGAAAAAUGCACAGUUGCUAUCUCUACCCCCCAAAAGAUCUUGUUAUAACAUUUAAGGUAACCGAAUUUGAUA